AUGGACUCUGACGAAGGUUUAAUUGCGCUACUUUUGAUAAAAAGACGUCGUCGUAGAAGACGAAACCGUAAAUAUUGGAUACAUCCAAUUUUAACGAAUGUACACAAAUGCAACGAACAUUUCGAUAAUCCUCUAAAACUUCCUAAAAAGUUUUUCAAACAUUUUCGUUUAAGUAUAGGUACGUUUUGGGAACUACAUGCUCUAUUAUAUGCUGGAUUAAAGCACCACGACACCAACAUGCGGAAAAGCAUCGCACCUGCGGAGAGACUAGCUAUCACAUUAAGGUAUCUAGGAACUGGAUGCUCGUUUGAGGAUUUUGAACUCUCUUACCACCGUGGGGCCUCUACAACAAGGAAAAGAGUACAAGAAACAUGUCAACUAAUUUGGAACUAUUUAAAAGCCGUUUAUAUUCCAGAACCGACCAAGACAUGCGGAAUGAAAUUGCCAGCGGAUUUCUUCAAAAUACAAAUUUUCCUAAUUGUUUAG